AUGGGUUUGCCAUUUAUAGGCGCUGUUGCGCGCAACUGGUGCGCUGCUCUAAUUCAGCCAGAAACAAACGAGGACUAUGAAGGGGGUGUCAUUAGCGUCGUCGGCCUGCAACUGAAUCGUCCUAUACGGUUGGCCACUGCUCCGUCUUCAUCUGCUGAGCCGGCCACGACGGUUCCAGCCACAGUCACCGCUCCGAUAACACGUCGUCACCGCAGACUCCACGGAGCUUCCCGAUCCGUCCCAAUUGGGCUGGGACAACCGGAGCACAGGCGCCGCAUGCCUGUUGUUGCUUCAACAUCUUCUGAGUUCGUUGAAACCGUACCGUCACCGUCCUCUUCCGAUGUGACCGUGAUGGAAUCGUCAACAGCACAUAGCACGGCGACGGAUUCAAGGCGCAAAUUCGCACGUAAAACAUCCUAUGAUAUACCGGUGGCAAGCCUACGUGCAGCCACUCGUAGGCGAUCAUCUGUUUGGCUGCGAUCGUUUGUGGAAGAAUUACCACCAACCAACGAGGAGAGUAACGAUGAGACGAAUUAUAUGAUGACUUUAGCAACACCGCCGAAAUCAUAUUCUGCUUCAAGAAUCGAUCUUGCCUCAGGUAAUCAAUCAGUCACUUCUGAAUCUCUCUCAUUUCGACAACACACUUUCCGCACUUUGUGCCAGCCGUCUCCUACCGUCUAA